CUUCCGCCCCGCCCCCUCCCGCCGGAAGUGUGAUGUGGCCGCGAGCGGGUCGCCAUGUCUGCCAUCUUCAACUUUCAGAGUCUGCUGACUGUAAUCUUGCUGCUCAUAUGUACCUGUGCCUACAUCAGAUCCUUGGCUCCCAGCUUACUGGACAAAAAUAAGACUGGACUGUUGGGAAUAUUCUGGAAAUGCGCCAGGAUUGGUGAGCGGAAGAGCCCUUACGUGGCUGUGUGCUGUGUGGUGAUGGCCUUCAGCAUUCUCUUUGUACAGUAGCGACUGGAGAGUGUCCCCUGCGCCCCGCUACCAAACAGCAGAGCAUGGAAGACCUUCUGGCAGGAAGAGAUGGGAAAGUGUCAUCAAGUCUCCUCUGGCAUGUCGGGUAGCCUGUCUCUUAGUGGACACCCCCCACUCCUGCAAACGGACCAUCCUGUACAGUAUUAGUGAUCAUAACGUAACCAACUCCAGAUGACAUUAAUGUCAAGUCAGUACUGACACUCCUGAUGUAACUCUUGAAAGGGUGUCUGCAGUUACCCAAGUUCCAGGGGAGCUUUUUUUUACACCACGCAGUUGAAAGAGCUUUUUAAUUUUUCGUUUGAUAGACCUAUUUAAUGAAAAUUAAUAGUGAUAAAUCUAGCAAUAGCAAUAAGACCACUCUUGUAAAAAUAAAGAACAUUGUGACUCUAGGAUAUGUUUAUGAAAGUAUUUUCAAUUCUUACUGUCUCAUUUUGUGAUAGCUAUACUUGCAUACCAAAAAUAUGGCCUCUGGCCUAAGUUGCAUUCAGCCUUUGGUUUCUAAACUGGUAAUUCCUCAAAUAAUUUAUCAAUAUUUUUAUUGUUAGGAUAUGAAUAAAGGCAGGGACCAUAAUAGCAGUGAUGUCUGACUAGCUGCUGCGACGACACAGAUGUGGGAUUUGAGAACAUGUACUGCUCUCUGUAACAUAUCGUAUAUAUCCAUUUUUAGAGAUCUAGGUCUCAGGUAAACCAUUCCCCAGUUUUUUUCAAUAUUGUGAGGAAAGGAUUCUAAAGGCUCUGCUGCUGUUGUUGCAUGUAAUACAAGGUUGCUAAAUCAGCUAAGUGAACAGUUAGCUUCUUAGUAAUCUGCAGAUAAGGAAGUUACAUGUCCCAAUGUUCUAAAGGUUGAAGAAAACAACUAAAUUAGAUUACAUUCACUAUUAAUAAAGAUUAGAUUACUGUCAGUAAUACUUUCUAUCAGCAUUUAUUCUAUAAUUUUGCAAACUUUCAGUAAUCUAGUAAUUUAUUUUAAUAGUGCCUGAGAAGUGUGUUUACACCAGACAACUACAUGACUUCGCAUUGACUGCAUGAGAGAGUUUUCUGUCAGCAGUACUUUUUGUUGUUCUGAAAAGGUCUGUGAUCAAAAUGAGCUAAGUUGGCAAUAAAACACUUUGAAAGGUA